UGGGAAAAAUUCUCCUUACAUUGGGGGGUCAGUAGGAAGAAUGCUCCUUACAUUGGGGGUCAGUAAGAAGAAUGCUCCCUACAUUGGGGGUCAGUGGGAAGAAUGCUCCUUACAUUGGUGGUCAGUGAAAGAAUGCUCCUUACAUUGGUGGUCAGUAGGAAGAAUGCUGCUUACAUUGGUGGUCAGUGGGAAGAAUUCUCCUUACAUUGGGGGUCAGUGGGAAGAAUGUCCCUUACAUUGGGGGUCAGUGGGAAGAAUGUCCCUUACAUUGGGGGUCAGUGGGAAGAAUGCUCCUUACAUUGGUGAUCAGUGGGAAGAAUGCCCCUUACAUUGGUGGUCAGUGGGAAGAAUGCUCCUUACAUUGGUGGUCAGUAGGAAGAAUGCUCCUUACAUUGGUGGUCAGUGGGAAGAAUUCUCCUUACAUUGGGGGUCAGUAGGAAGAAUUCUCCUUACAUUGGGGGUCAGUGGGAAGAAUGUCCCUUACAUUGGGGGUCAGUGGGAAGAAUGCUCCUUACAUUGGGGGUCUGUAGGAAGAAUUCUCCUUACAUUGGGGGUCAGUGGGAAGAAUGCUCCUUACAUUAGGGGUCAGUGGGAAGAAUGCUCUUUACAUUGG